AUGGCUCCGACUAAUGCUGCCGACGUUAUCAACAGGGAAUACACAGAGGAUAAAUACACAGCCAAACAGAAAAGCAAAAUAAUGAAGAUUACGAUAGAGAAAAGGCGCCGAGAUCGGAUAAACAGCAGCAUCAACCAGCUGAAGACUUUACUGGGAAGGGAGUUUCAAACUGAAGAACCGAACAUGAAACUGGAGAAGGCGGACAUCCUGAAAAUGACAGUGAAUUACCUGAAGUAUCACAACCAGCCUAACAGCCCAGAGCGCGACUAUAAUGAAGGAUACUCCCGAUGUUUGCAGGAGGCUCUGCGCUUUUUCUCUGCCCAAGAAGGCAAGAACGACAUUCAGAAGAAACUUGUGACCCGUUUCCAAAGAAGUCAACAACUGUGUCCGGCCAAGGGUCUGUCCUGUUCCGCACCUCUCCCGUACUCUGCUACCUGUCAGAGCAGCUCCGAGCAACCAGCUCAGCCUAACCUCGCAGCACUCUGGAGACCCUGGUAA